CAGAGGGCAGCGCUGAUGAGUAGCCUGACCCCAAUACAACUGCACUGUUUAAAGUUGGUCCCUAAAGCAAGUUUGUGUCAAGGGAGGACAGGUCAGACACGCUGUAACUGUGUUUUCCUCCCGCAGUACAUAGCUGUGCACAUCAUACCUGAUCAGAUGAUGUCCUUCGGGGGCUCCACCGAUCCCUGCGCGCUCUGCAGCCUCUACAGCAUCGGCAAAAUAGGAGGGCAGCAGAACAAGACUUACACCAAGAUGCUGUGUGAUCUCAUCUCGAAGCACUUGCAUGUAUCUGCAGACAGGGUCUACAUCAACUACUUUGACAUGAAUGCUGCCAACGUGGGCUGGAAUGGCUCCACCUUUGCGUAGAGCUCCCCUGUCUGCCUGAAGAGGCUGCUCCUGGACCUCCCCUCACCCUGCCCCGUAGCAGAGACCACGGCACAAAUGGCCCCGUGUUGCAUUUUGUGCACUCUCACAGAUUGAUGGCUCCUUUCUAGUGUGUUUAAAUAUUGCUGCUUCAACAUUCCUCUGUUUUCUCUGUGUAGAAAACAAAUAAAGAUUUAGAAGUAA